AUGACCGUGGACGAGGUGGUUGACCUGAGCCUCCGUGUCCUUGGUGAAAAGAAGCUCCCCCUCAUGGCUCUGUCCACCACAAUGGCCGAGAGCUUCAAGGAGCUGGACCCUGAUUCCAGCAUGGGCACGGUGGCUUGUCUUAGUCACCAUUCAUUCAUCCGCUCACUCAGCAAACACACCGAGACCGUGCGUCUCCACUUUGGUGGCGGUGGCCGUGUGGCUGUAACUGCCGGGGCCACCGCCCAGGCCCUGACUGCCGCCCGAGUUCUUGGCUGCCUGAACCCCUCCCCCUCGAUGACGGCCGCCCCCUUCUUCAGGGUGUAUGGGGUGUCACUGGGAACCCAUUUGCAAGAGCUGGGCCGGGACAUCGCCCUGCCCAUCGAGGCCUGCGUCAUGAUGCUGCUUUCUGAGGGCAUGAAGGAAGAGGGUCUCUUCCGCCUGGCCGCUGGGGCCUCGGUGCUGAAACGUCUCAAGCAGACCAUGGCCUCGGACCCACGCGGCCUGCAGGAGUUCUGCUCCGACCCCCACGCCGUGGCAGGUGCCCUCAAGUCCUAUCUGCGGGAGCUGCCAGAGCCCUUGAUGACCUUUGACCUCUAUGACGAUUGGAUGAGGGCAGCCAGUCUGAAGGAGCCAGGAGCCCGGCUGGAGGCCCUCCAGGAAGUGUGCAGCCGCCUCCCCCAGGACAACCUCAGCAACCUCAGGUACCUGAUGAAGUUCCUGGCACGGCUGGCCGAGGAGCAGGAGGUGAAUAAAAUGACGCCCAGCAACAUUGCCAUCGUCCUGGGGCCCAACCUGCUGUGGCCUCCCGAGAAAGAAGGGGACCAGGCCCAGCUGGACGCAGCCUCAGUGUCCUCCAUCCAGGUGGUGGGCGUGGUCGAGGCUCUGAUACAGAACGCGGACACCCUCUUCCCGGGAGACGUCAACUUCAACGUGUCAGGCCUGUUCUCAGCCCCUGUCCCCCAGGACAAGGUCAGCAACAGGCCAGCUUCUGAGGAGCUUCCAAUGGUCGCUGUGUCCACACCCGCUCCAGCCCCAGCCCCUGCCCCGGCCUCAGCGGCUGCCAGGGAAAGGAUAGAGUCCGAGGCGCCCCCCAGACCAGCCUCUCCCAAGGUCAGUAGGAGCCCCUCGGAGGCAGCCACUCCAGGGGAGGACAUGGCUCGAAAGACUAAGCGCCCAGCGCCAGCCCGGCCCACCAUGCCGCCCCCCCAGGUCUCCAGCCCGCGCUCCUCCCCUCCAGCCCCACCCCCCCCCCUGGCUCUGCCAGCAGCAGCCCCAUGUGACCAGGCCUGCCCUGGUCUGGUCGGCAGCAGCCUCCGGGCCCCCACGGUGCCACCCCUUGCCCCCAACCCCCCGCAGCCCGCCCGACGCCAGAGCCGGCGUUCGCCAGCCUCCCCCAGCCCGGCCUCCCCGGGGCCGGCCUCCCCUAGCACAGUGUCUCUGAGCAUGCCUGUGCAGGUGGACCUAGGGGUGGCCACAGAGGAGGGACGGGCCCCUGAGGUUGUAGGCAGGGCCUCCACUCCCCCGGCCAUCCCCCCUCAACCCCGGCCCAGAAGCCUCGCCUCAGAGACCGACUGA